AUGACUUCCGAAGAGAAUCGUUACUGGAGAAAUGUGCUGACUAUCGUGCCCAUCGUCGGCACCGCCCUGGCAACCCUGUCCUAUGUUCUACGGCUUUACUCCCGUCGCUUCACAACCGCUGGGCUGAAAGUGGAGGACUGGUUGAUGGGCGCUGGGUUGCUUCUGUCGUACUGCGCUACUGCCUUUGUCGUAGACACUGCAUUCAAUGGCGUUGGCUUGCCAGUCGCUGAUCUGCCGCCAGACGAACGGCGACGAGUUCAAUUUGCGUCGUGGAUGAUCCAGAAAUUUUGGGCGCCGUCCGCCGCGUUUGUGAAGAUCUCUAUUAUCGUGUUCCUGAAGCGGCUGCUCGGAACUGUACGCGCGUACGCCAUUAUCUCGAAUAUCCUGAUCAUAUUCAUUAGCUGUUGGGCCCUCACAGCUCUUCUUGUCAACAUUUUUCAGUGCCGCCCCGUUCAGUACUAUUACAACAAGGAGCUGCGUGGACAUUGUAUGAGUGGACAGCGACAGUUUUUCCAGACAAUGGGAGCCAUUUCCUUGAUAGAGGAUAUUAUUAUUUUAUGUCUGCCUAUACCUAUUAUAUGGGGAUUACAUAUCACCUUUCGACAGAAGUUUGCAGUGAUACUCCUGUUUUCUCUGGGUGGCCUAGUCUGCAUAUUCAGUUUAAUGCGUCUGAUUGAAUUCCGCACGUUUAUUACUACUGAUUUAGCUUCAUCGAGUGCCAAGGAAUCUAUCUGGACCUGUCUCGAACUUGAUAUCGCUAUAAUCUGCGGUUGUCUUCCGCUGAUGAAGCCUCUCAUCCAGGGCUUCCUGGGCAAGGUCCGAAGUAGGGUUUCCAAAGCCCGUUCCCAUCCAUCAUCCGGCACGAAGCCGUGCUACCCUUCGAGCGCCACACACAAUAAUGAUGGUUUUCGACAACUUGAUGACGUGCUGGAUUCGCAGGCGUCCAAGAAUCCUAAUGUUAUAGCCGGUUCCAGUCGAUGGAGCUCGGAUGUUGAACUGCAAGGCAUCGUGGUGCGCACAUGGAUUGAGCAGGAUGUUGACCGCCCGCACACGGUAGACUCGAACGAGACCAACCAUGGGCAUGUGUGGCCUUGA